CGGAAGCCGCUGUUAUGGGCCGCCGAGCACGGCCAUAAGAUAAUUGUGAAACAACUCCUGAAAAAGAGUGAAGUUGAUCCUGACUUGAAAGAUGGUAAUGGAUGUACACCACUAUCAUGGGCUCCCAAAAAUGGCGAUGAAGCAAUCUUUAAUCUCCUUUUAGAGAUAGGCAGAGUCGAUGUUGACUGCAAACCUACUAACUGGACUUGCAAAGGCAUCACACCACUCAUGCUCGCCGCAGCCGGUGGCCACCAAGCAACGGUGCAUAAGCUGAUUAUGACUGGUAAAGCCGAUAUUGAAUCAAGGACAAACGGGAACUUUCUGCUAGGUCGAACAAUACUAUCCGACGCUGCGAGCCUCGAGGCUGCUGAAGGAGGGCACGAUGGUGUUAUUAAGCUGCUCCUUGGGAAGGGAGCAGACCCCAAUUCGAAGGAUAAAGGUGGGUUGACGCCGUUGUUUUGGGCUGCCAGAAAUGGGCAUGAUGCAACAGUUAAGAUGCUGCUCGCA